AUGCCGUGGUCCCAGCUGGUCGCCGCUGCUCGCAGCUGUUAUCGAAAUCUCAUUCCAUCUGUACCAGACGCGACCGUUCUGGAUGCGCCAGAUAGCCUCGUCCAGGUUGUAUCUCCAGCACCAAAGACCUCCCGACCCGCCGUCAAGCGCAAGCGCAGUUCAUUCGCCAGCGAGCGGUCAAAAGUCAGGGACAAGCUGGCUAGAAACCGCAGCCGAUCGCACGACAAGUACCUUGCGCGACAAGCGCAACUGCACAUGGAGUUCAUCCUCAAGAAUGGUACAUCUCGGCUGCCGAAACUUCCGCUGCCAGAUCCAGCCAACCAGCCAUUUCGUCUCCUCGAUCUCCCGGAUGAGCUCUGGUCCAAGAUUGGGAAGAUGGUGAUUGACGACAUUCCCUCCCUUCAUGUUGCGCUACCUCCACCACGAUCCUACUUCACGACCGGCUCUCUGGUCUCGGCUUUGCUUCCCAAUAUCGACUACAACGUGGAAAGCUUCUACUACUACCACCACGAGCGCAUCGACAAUUCGACAUACUUCAUAGACAAACUCUCCGCUCCAGAAUUCAAGACAUCCGCGGUACUUCAGACCUGCUCUGCUCUUAGGAACGAGCUACGACUUUACUACUACAGCAGUAACAAGAUCGGCGUGACUAUGGGUCCCAGAGAUGGCUACAACACCCCAGACGACAGGCAUGUUGGAAACUACUUAAGAGCGAUUGGAGCAGACGCUCGACGUCAGCUUGGAGCUUUUGAGGUUAUUGGGGUCCCGCUUCGCCGCGGUAUUGCUUCUCGGUGCAUCGAGGAGAACCUAUUCGGGCGUGGAGACUUGUUCGAACAUGAAGGGUCAUAUCGUAAUAAAGGGAUCAGGUUUACGGUGGAGACUGAUCGCAAGCCUUGCACCGACGAUCAUGGUGGAGCGGGCGAUUGUGGAUAUGAUACGAUCAAGUGGAAGUUGCAUUUUCAGUGA